AUGCAUUUCUCCAAACUUCUCCCCUGCGUUCUGAUUCCAUUUGCGGCUGCUGCACCAGCCGAGACGAUUCCUGUAGCUCCGCUUGUCACUUUAUAUCACGACUCCGAUUGGACUGGACAGCAGUUUGAUGUACGCAGCUUGAAGACUUGUGUGAAAGUCGUUGGCCCGCUGCUUUGCGCUCUCUUUGAAUCUGAUGACUGCAGACCUGGUACAGAAGUAAUUUUCAUCAAGGCUGGGAACAGCAAGGUCAACAUCCGACACAACGAUAAUGUUCGAUCAGUGUAUUGUUUAGCGAUGACCUUUGGAAUUGGCUAUACUGGCUCUCGCCUGUUUUGUCUCAAAACUGUUGAUCUCGAUUACUCUGUGCGGGAUACAAUACCACCAUUGACCGCCAAGAUAUAUAGUAGCCAAGUACCUUUGCCACUCUCGUUUAGAGAAGCUGUUCACAAGGUCGCACUGAUAAAACUGGGUGUGUACCAAGCUGUAUCCAAGAUCCAGUAUUGA